AUGUCGCCUCUUCGCUCCAUCAUCGGCCAUUCGACCGGUACCCUCCGACGAUUUCUCCCUUCCCUGUCGCACCAGUCAUGGACUAGCGGCCUUUUGUCACGGUCGUUUUCACAACUAGCAAGGCUUUCGUUUACGAAUGGAUUACGGGCUUUGCGUUCCAGGUCGGCGCAGCAAUCGGGUACCGUGGGUGUCAUCGUGUCGACGGCUCGUCAGGUCGAGCAGGUUCGGGGAAUGAAGACUCGGUCGUCUGUGAAGAGACUGUGUGAUGGGUGCAAGCCUGUCCGGAGAAAGAAUAGGGUUUAUAUUAUCUGCACAAACAACGUCAAGGAAAAUAAACAGUCAUGGAAUGAGCAGAAAGGAUUGAACCACUCUGAGAGGACAGCGAACGACGAUGAAAUAUGA